UUUGGGAGGCUGAUUCAAAAUGGAGUAGACACCGACGGCACGAACUCAACUGCACCAGGUUCGGCGGCUCCGUUUUCAUCUUCACGCCGUGUUCACUUCGACUCCCCAGGAAACAGGCGACCUCGGCACAAUGUCCGAGGAGAAGAGCUCCGGCUCUCUGGGUUUCUUUUCGAGCUACGACGAUCUGAGCGACAGCAGCGACUCGGAAGACGAGCGGGCAGGUCGGAGGACGAAGGCGGGGACAGACGCGCCGGGAGGCGACGCCGGCUCGUCGCAGCACGGCAGCCGGGGGGCGGCCGCUGGAGCUCCUCUGCCCAGACCCGACGAGCUGUUCAGGUCCGUGUCCAAGCCCGCGUUCCUCUACAACCCGCUGAACAAGCAGAUAGACUGGGAGAGUCUGACCGUCAAAGCUCCGGAGGAGCCCGUCAGAGAGUUCAAGCCGUGGAAGACGAACGCCGUGCCCCCUCCGGAGAGCUACACCGCGGAGCCGGAGAGGAAGAAGGGCCCUCCCCCGGGCAUGGACAUGGCCAUAAAGUGGUCCAAUGUGUACGAGGACAACGGGGAAGACGCGCCGCAGCCUCACACCGGCAACGCCCAGUUCCUGCCCGCAGAGGAGCAACCGUCAGACUCAGAUGAGGAAUCGGAGAAAACGUCGCCCUCUGCCAAGAGGUGUCGGGUGGAGACCUUCCAGCAGAAGGAGAAGAGGAAGAGGGACAUGGGACAAGCCACCUCUGACAAGAACUUCGUCGAGGAAGAGAAGAGGAUCCUCAGGCAAAAGAUCGAUUGAGGCCCCCGAGCUGCCUGCGACAAGGCGUAGUAGUAUUCUAAUUUAAACAUUUUUAUUUCUGCAGAGAACUUUCACCAACGUUAGCAAAAGUGGUCACGUCGGUAGCCGCCCUUUUACUACCCACGGUAUAUGUUGACUUGUUGUAAUUUGCAAUAUUAUAGUCUUUGUUCUGUGUUCAAAUGACUUGUCUGACCGUUUUGAAAGAAAAGCUUUAUAUCAGUGGGGUUCGGUAUAUAGUGCAGUCUCACUGCAAACAUUUCAACCUAAGAACUUGGAUUUUUGACAAAUCCCUGUUAACUUCUUGUCCAAAUUUAAAGCCAUCGUUUACUCACCAGCUGUCUUCCAGAGACACGGAGCUGAGGGACGUCACUAGUCACAGCUUUACGCCGUUGCUCUUGUCCCAGGAUCCCUGGGGAAAAUCAAAGGAAGGCGAAACUAAAAAAGUAAAACAUGUCAGUUUUCCUAUGAAUGAGGGCUUUAGCCUGCUGUGAUACAUCAAACAUUAAUCCUGGGGCGUUUUCUCUAUUUAAUUUAAUUACUUUAAAAAAAAAAAAACAAUGACAUCUUGCUGCGGUGGUUUAGCUGAUCCGUGUUUGUGGUUAGUCAUGUAUUCUGCUAAAUAUCUAUCCACCGCUGAACUGUGACUGCUUGUGUUGUGUUAAAUACAGAAACUUUUUUUUUCAAAAGACUGUAAAUAUGUUGAAAUUAUCCCUUUUUUUUCACCCCUGACAUGUUGACUCCUGACAGUAGGUAAAGCAGAGUUGUUGCUAAUUAUAUUAAUAAUUGGUUAUGUUGUUUUCAAGUGUCCGAGUCAUUACAUGACAGUGUGACAGUUAGUCUGCAUUUAUAAUACCAGGACCCCUGAAACCAAAGCAGCUAAAUGUUAUUCAACCAUUAUUUAUAGUUUUAGUUAUUCCUACUGUGACGUGUCAAAAUGUCUUCAGUGAAAAAAACAAUGAUGGGCACUAGGUGGCGCCCUUCAGCUACACUAGAAUCCACUCCCUUCAUGUUAAUAAUGUCGAAGUCUGCUGCACUUUGUUCAAAUGUUUAAAUCACAACCAGGGUCUGAGAUUCUGAGGAACGGGAGUGUUGAUCUUCGAUUUGGAAAUUUGUCUCAUCUCAAUUCUCUUGAGAUACUCUGUUCAUACAGACUUGUUCAUUCAGUCUCAUGUACCUUGUCUUACAAAACUCCUCGGAUCUGCUCACAAAAAUAAAAUCAGCUCCAUGUGUAUUUACUAUUAGGAUCAUUGUACCAUUUUACGUUUCUGUAAUUUGAAUAUUGAUCAUUUUUGUAGUUUUGUUUUCAUCGAGAUAUUGUCCGUCAAAAACCACUAUAGGCAAUAAAAGAUAUUUUACUGGA